UUUUAGCAUGAGUUUGCCAUGAAUCUGUUCACCAUGAGCUUAUUUCCUUUGCAAAACAAAGAAAAGUAGUAGAUAACACUGCUCUACGAAAAAUCUUCGGUAAUAUGUGACGUUUCUGAAACUUGAACGCGCGUCAACACUUCAGCAGUCACUUCAUAAGAUAAACAUUCGGGAUGUGUUCUAAUGUUUUUUGAUAGUAUUUACACGUAGUAUAUUAUAAUUCAACCAAAAUGGAUCAAAAUAAUCGCCAAAGGAGAAAUGAUUUAGAUAUAGACAGUUUUCGAAGCGAUGAGCCCGGCUUUGAUAGAGCCCGAAUGCGAAGACAAUCUGGUGGCUUCGUGGAUUUAGGCAAUGAAUCACAAUAUGGUUCAGGCGGACAUCAAGCUUCAGGAGCUAACGAAAUAUUUGCAGACAUACAGGGUGAUGUACCAUGGUGGAAAUCGAACUUCUUUAUAUCACAACCAGUUCUCUUUGGUACUUGGGAUGGAGUGUUUACAUCUUGCCUUAUAAAUAUUUUUGGAGUUAUUGUAUUUCUAAGAUCUGGUUGGAUUGUUGGACAAGCAGGAUUAGUAAAUGCAAUUUUUAUAGUACUUUUUACAGUUUUUGUAGCUCUGAUCUCAGUGUUAUCAGCAGUGGGUAUAUGUGAGAGAUGCAGGAUAGAGAGUGGUGGAGUGUAUUUCUUGCUUGCACACACAUUAGGGUCCAGGAUGGGAGGUGCUCUCGGCAUGAUAUACUGUUUUGGUCAGGCCGUGGGCUGUGCCUUAAAUGUAUUUGGUUUUGGUGAAUCAAUGGCUGGCUUCGUAGUUGCUGAUCCACUUAGUGACACCCACAAGUGGGCAUCCCGAGGAUUUGCUAUAGCCGCAGUAUUGUUGCUGGGCACUAUAAAUAUCGCCGGAGUGAAGUGGGUGGUGAAACUACAAUUUGCACUGCUCAUGAUUAUUAUGCUCGCAGCUCUUGACUUCUUUGUGGGGUCAUUCACAACAGUACCAACUGAUGAAGCACUUCAAUCAGAAUUUAAGGGGUGGCUCAGUGGAGUUGCAGCAAAUAAUACAUGGCCCGCUUACCAAGAUGGCUACACCUGGUUCAAAUGCUUUGGAGUAUUCUUCCCAACCAUCACUGGUAUAUUAGCAGGAAUUAACAUGAGCGGAGAUUUGAAAAAUCCCUCUGUGAAUAUACCCAAUGGAUCAUUAGCAGCUAUCAGUACUGGAACAUUUUUAUACCUGAUGUUUAUAAUAACACUGGCGGCUACAGUGACGAGGGAAGGUUUACUGCACAACCUGUCAAUCACAGCUGAUAUCUCAGCAGUGACCGUUCUAUUACUUGGUGGUCUAUAUGUCAGUUCCAUGAGCUCUUGUCUAGGCGCCAUGUAUGGAACUCCUCGAGUCCUACAAAGUAUUGCAAAUGAGAAAGUUAUACCUGGACUUGCAUUUCUUGGUCAUGGGAGAGGUCCCAACAAGGUACCGAUAUACUCGAUGGUGGUAGUAGCAGUGGUCACCGUCACAUUCAUCAUCAUUGGUGACAUCAAUCAACUCGCACCCAUUGUCACUAUGCCGUUCCUCAUCACUUAUGCUUGCAUUGACUAUUCUUACUUUGCUCUCGCCCAAACUUUUGAUUUGCAACAUAGACGAGAAAUGAGAUACCAAGGUCAUUCGCAACGUGAUACGCAAGUUUACGGCGCUACUGGCAGUGACCUAGACUUACUGUUCCCAGAGAGAAUUAGACAUAAAAAUGUUGGGGACUUUACUCCAUCUCCAACGGACUCUGCGAUAAUGAACGGCCGUAUGUCUAACGGGGAUGUACGACGACCUAGUGUUAGCGUACAUUCUAAGAACAAGAACUGGUACUCGCAUCUUUGUAACAGAUGGCUGUCCCUUGUUGGGGUGGCAAUAAAGCUAUUGUUGAUGUUUCUCGUACACUGGGGGUAUGCUCUCGGCUGCCUGACUAUUCUGUGGCUGUUCUGGCUUUACAUUGGUGCCGCCAACCCCGCACUCAAGCCCGGACGCGCUUCAGAGUUCCGGUUCUUCCAUUGGCUUAAGAUUUCUUUCCUACAGUUAAUUGGGAAACGCCCCCUAGAAUACGAACAGUUGGUUGUGACACCCGUACAUGCAGACAUAUCCGUAGAACAAGAGAGAUUGAACGAUGACAACGAAGACUUCGCAUCAAGGCGUCGGUACCACCAGUCUACUGCGUUACAAAGUCAUCUGGUCAGCGUCGAUAGCUAAAUAAAUCAAAUGGAACAAAAUAACAAUAUCAAUUGAACAUAUUUUAACAUGUUGCUGACCAAUCAAUAUUUGCUACACAUCACAUUUCUAUGAAUAACAAUAUUUGACCUAAUACACAAAGAACAUUAAAUCAAAUCUGAAACUAACAUAUGUAUACCUCUCUGCUCGAUUGUAAUCUGAUGUCAUUAAUAUCAAUAUAACCAAGUAAUUGAUGUGUGCAGCUACGCCAAGGCCUUGUGGACUAUCCUAAUCCUAAUUGUGGAGUAUCCUAAUAAAAAGAUGCAAUAUGUAAAUUCAAAAAAGCUGUGUAGGUAACUUAUAAAAUAUGGACUGGAGAAGCGACUACUCACCUUUUUUCAGUAUCUAUUUUUAUUAGAAAAAUAGUUGCAGAAACAGAGAAUACAUGAAACUUGCUUUGCAUGACAGUAAUUCGCAUAAUGCUACUUACAAGCUUGAAAGCACUUCGCUAUAAAGGCUUGUCAUGGCUAUACACAAUCCAUCUUCUCAUAUGUUCUGUCUGUGUCUUUUUUUUUUGUUCUUUAGCACAUAUUAAAAACAAUUUACAAGAGCACUAA